AUGCAGUCCUCUAUGGCACGUUACAUAUUCAUUGUUCUGGCACUGGGCAUCACAGUCUUCAUCCUGACCACCUUUCGAGCGUCGCGUCAUCUACUCCCCGCCAACUUCGGCCCUAAUUUGCUGGACGAUGCAAAGCAGAAUGGCACAGACCUCUUGCGCGUUCGAAAUGCAACGCUGGGCUUCCAAGAAAUCAAGGUCAUUUCCAUGUCAUCAAGAAGCGACAAGCGCGAUGCCUGGGCUGUCGCCAGCACCAUGUCAGAUUUCGUGGUCCAAAUAGUGGAUGGUGUUGAUGGAUCUUCGGUUUCGCCACAAGCCCUACCUUACACCAUGGAUCUGAAGCCUGGAGUCGUCGGCUGUUGGCGAGCUCACAUGGAUGUCUUGCGAGACAUCGUCAACCGCAAGGUUUCUUCAGCUCUUAUCUUCGAGGACGACGCAGAUUGGGACGUGUCCCUCAAAUCUCAGCUCGUGCAAUUCGCCCGGGGUUCACGAUGGAUCCUGAAUCAGACCGACGAUGAGCCACACCACUCUCCAUAUGGCGACGGCUGGGAUAUGCUGUGGAUCGGUCAUUGCGGCAGUCGACCUGAUCCCUGGGACAACCGGCGCUUUGUCAUCCCUCAUGAUCCCACCACCGAGCCGCGUGACAUCCGGACUGCUGUUGCCCUUCCAGAUUACGACUACUGGCCCGAAGAUUUGCAGCCUCGUCUGGUCUAUUCGCAGUAUUACGGUGUUUGCACUAACGCCUAUGCUGUGACCCUGGCUGGAGCCAUGAAGAUUCUGUACAACCUUUCAAUGCUGCCCAACAACGGACCAGUCGAUAUCGGUCUAGGAGACAUGUGCCGUGACAAGACCGACGAUUUCAACUGCAUUGGACCUUCCCCCGCAUUGAUAGGCCUUCACCGUCCAGCCGGUAAUCCUUCUAGGUGGAGCGAUAUCGAGAACAAUCAAGGCGAAGACAGCUACGCUGCCUCCUCUCCUGGUCUUAUGUACCCGGUCCGAAUGAACAUCGCUCGCCUGUUGAAGGGCGAGACUAUCUUCAAGACGGACAAAGGUACAACUAUUGGCGUCGAAGAAAUGAGCCUCGCAGACAUCCAGGCGCCCACUGGACAUGGAGAAGUUGUUGAAAUUAGCCAGCACGAUGCCAUCCUCUGA